AUGGGCACUACAGCAUACCACGAACAUGACGAUCGAGAGAAAGGAGAUAUGAUCGAACCUCAGGUAAUUCCUCAUGCACCUGAUGAACCUGUCAUUCACACUAAGGAUCUCGAUGCUAUCAAGGACAAGAAUUACGAUGUGGGAGCUGAAUAUUUCGCUGAAUUGGCCCAACGAGCCGAUGCACAUGAGAUCAUGGCUCCCUGGACAGAAGCAGAGGAGAAAUCUGUGCUUAGAAAACUCGACAUGAUCGUGUUGCCUCUCGUCACCAUGUCUUUGAUGAUGGGGGGUAUCGACAAGGUGAUUUUGGGCACCUCCGCGAGCUUCGGCGUUCGGACAGACUUGCAUUUGGUCGGACAAGAAUACUCAUGGCGUUCUUCCAUCAUUUUCUUCGGUUCCAUCUUAACUGAGUUCCUGCAAUCGUGGCUUAUCCAAAAGCUUCUUACUGGAAAGGUUUUCUCUUUCAACGUGUUCAUGUUCGGUAUUAUGACAUUUGCCACUAUGGGCGUGAAGAAUGCUGGUGGUCUCCAAGCUGUUCGUUUCAUUCUAGGUAUGUUUGAGGGUAUGAACACUUCGGGAGCUGGUCUUGUGAUCGGUAUGUGGUGGAAGAAGGAGGAACAAGGUGUCCGGACUGUCAUUGUUCUCAAUACUCUCUCUUCUGUUGUCAAUGGGUUAUUAUCAUAUGCUGUUCAAUUUUACACUCCAACCGCUCAUUUAUCCAGGUGGCAACUCUUGUUCUUAAUCACUGCGUGCAUCUCCGUCACCUUUGGUAUUUUGGACUGGAUCUUCUUCCCCUCCAACCCUACCAAAGCUUGGUGGCUGACGGAAAGGCAAAGAUACAUCGCUGUGGCUAGAUUGACAGGUGUCCAGACGGGUAUGGUCAACACUCACACUAAAUGGAAUCAAGUCAAAGAGGCUUUACUCGAUGUUCGAACUUGGUUAUAUUUCCUUAUAUCAAUCACUCUGAAUAUCCCCAAUGGUGGUCUCAGUGGAUUUUACUCUAUCGUAGUGGCAAAUCUUCAUUUCAGUACCAAGCAAUUAACUCUCAUGAACAUGCCGACUGGACCUAUCGGAUGUCUUAGUUUGUUGAUCGGCACAGUCGUCCUCAAGGUAGUUCCACACAGUAACAUCGGUGGAUCCUUAGCUGGUUUAUACAUCGUUUACAUGUACUGGGCUCCAUACAUGGUCUACUCGCAGCUAAUGAUGUAUCGUAAUGUCGGAGGAACCACAAAGAAGGUAGCAGUCUUUGGGAUCUCAUAUUUAGGUUACGCUGUUGGGAAUCUAGUGGGACCUCAAUCGUUCCGAGCAAAAGAAGAUCCAUCAGUGGCACAAUCGAGUAGACCAACUCCGGUUAUCUCGGCGUGA